AAAAAUCUUUUAAGGAACUUUUUGUUUCAAUGUAAAAUUGUACAAAAUGCUGUUUUAUUGUUGGGGUCUGGACAAGACAAGUGGGAUACGUAUUUGUUAUCAUUGGAUUCAGCAGAGUCAGGGAUUAUACAAACAGAAAAAUUGUUGUCAGUAAAUGUCACUUUUCCUGUAAAAAAGACACAAAAUAUUGUGAAAUUUAUUUCACUUUUUUUUUAUAAACAUAUUUCACUUAAGAUUUUUAUUACAUCUGCAGAAAAAGUACACAAUUAUGUUACAGUGUUGAAGCCAAAUCCAUAUAGAAAACCACAAGAUAUGAUUUGCCUUAUUUAAUGUAGGUCAGUAGAGGUUCCCUAUUAGAAGGAAUCGUGUGGCAGUGAAAGGGUUAAACAGGGAGAGUCUGGGGAAGGAGGGGGAGUGGCUAAACCUGCAGUGGAUCCUAUAUCAUGCUGCCAGUGACGGGCUCAGCUUCUGCCUUUGACUUUAUAAUCACUUACUGAUGCUUCCCUUCUGCAGCUCCUCUCUCUGUACUUUCAUUAGAAGCGCUAAACUCGCAGACCCACAGAACAACUGUUCAGUAACUGAGCCUAAAGUCUGUCACUCAGCCUCUCACGUGACCCCCCAGACCCCCCCCCAGUCUCCUGCACAUGAACCCAAUGCACUUUCCGUCCUUUUUGUUGUAUAGUGUUUCAGAGGAGCUGUCCAUUGGCUCUGGGUUGGCACAUGACAGAGUGACAACCAAUCAAAGCGGCCAUGGGCGGGAAUACGUCACUGCCUCAGCCAAUCCUAGAAACCCAGGGCGGGAAUUGGCUACUCUUAUUGCUGCUGCUAUUGCUACCGGUGGGGGAGUGGGCUUUAGAUUGUGAGUGGAAGGGCUGCGGCUCGGUGUGACGCACUGUCGGCUUCAUUCUCCUUUUCCCCCCUCAGUCGCCAACUUCUCCCCCACCCGCGUCUGUGGGUUUCCCCUCGGAGGGAGGGACGCGCUAGAGCCGUGUGAGAGUGGCUGCAGGUACACACAACCCCUCGCUUCGCACUCUCUGUCCCCUUUGCUUCUCUCUGUUGUGUCUCUUUCUGUUUCCGUGUCGGAGUGUCUCCCCCGUGUGUCCUGUCCCGCCGGGCGGUGCUGCCGGUUGGUGGAUGUUCUCAUCUUGUUGUGACAGGAGAAUGUGUGUAUGUCCCGGGCCCAGGCGCAUCGGCGUGCCAGGCAGAAGUUGUUCUCCCUCCUUACUGUUUGAUGCAAUGUCGGCUCCAACUCGGCUUCUUUUCCCUCUGAUUAGAAACUGUGAAUUUGGCAGAAUAUGCAGUUCUGUAUGCUACUGCCACCACAAGCAUCUUUGUUGCUCAUCAAGCCACUCUUCGUUAAAACUAGGGGCAGAUACGAGGCACGUAUCAGCCUUUCACAACCCCAGAUGUGCUCAAGUGAGGAGAUACGUAACUACUCCGCAAAGGUUUUACCUCACCCCGCCACAGGUCAACAGUAUUCUCAAGGCCAACGAAUACAGUUUUAAAGUUCCAGAGUUUGAUGGAAAAAAUAUCAGCUCCAUCCUUGGGUUUGACAGCAACCAGUUGCCAGCAAAUGCUCCAAUUGAGGACCGGAGAAGUGCAGCGACAUGCCUACAGAGCAGAGGGAUGCUGCUCGGUGUAUUUGAUGGACACGCCGGUUGUGCUUGUGCUCAGGCCGUCAGUGAAAGACUCUUCUAUUACAUCGCGGUUUCUCUGCUGCCUCAGGAAACUCUGCUUGAAAUUGAAAAUGCGGUGGAAAGUGGCCGAGCUUUGUUGCCCAUAUUACAGUGGCACAAGCAUCCAAACGAUUAUUUUAGUAAGGAGGCUUCAAAGAUGUAUUUCAAUAGCUUAAGGACCUAUUGGCAAGAGUUGAUUGACCUUAACACGGGUGAGACUACUGAUGUAAAGGAAGCGCUUAUUAACUCAUUUAAAAGACUAGAUAAUGACCUUUCUUUGGAAGCACAAGUUGGAGACCCAAAUUCUUUUCUGAACUACUGGGUCUUGCGUGUCGCUUUUUCUGGAGCUACCGCUUGCGUGGCUCACGUGGAUGGGGUAGAUUUGCAUGUUGCCAACACGGGUGACAGUCGGGCGCUUCUUGGUGUCCAGGAGGAAGAUGGGUCAUGGUCAGCAGUGACAAUGUCUCACGACCAUAAUGCUCAGAAUGAAUCAGAAAUAAUAAGAGUCAAAUCAGAACACCCGAAGGAGGUUAAGACUAUCGUCAAACAGGAUCGACUUCUUGGAUUAUUGAUGCCAUUCAGAGCUUUCGGAGACGUAAAGUUUAAAUGGAGCAUUGACCUCCAGAAACGUGUUGUAGAGUCUGGCCCAGAUCAACUCAAUGACAAUGAGUAUACAAAAUUUAUCCCUCCUAACUACCACACCCCUCCGUAUUUAACUGCUGAGCCAGAAGUGAUAUAUCAUAGGUUACGACCAAAGGAUAAAUUUCUCAUUUUGGCUACUGACGGUCUUUGGGAAACCAUGCACAGGCAAGAUGUGGUAAGAAUAGUAGGAGAGUAUCUAACAGGAGUUCAUCACCAGCAGCCUCUAGCUGUAGGAGGCUACAAAGUCACUCUGGGACAGAUGCAAGGGUUAUUAAUGGAAAGAAGGGCCAGGACUUCUUCUGUGUUCGAAGAUCAAAAUGCAGCCACCCAUUUAAUACGUCACGCGGUGGGAAACAACGAAUUUGGAGCUGUAGACCACGAGCGUCUGUCAAAAAUGCUCAGUCUGCCAGAAGAAUUGGCCCGGAUGUACAGAGACGAUAUUUCAAUUCUAGUGGUUCAGUUCAACUCACACGUCAUUGGAGCACAUCAGAAUAAAGAUCAGUGACAUACAAUAUGCAUGUAUUACAUAUAGCUACCAAAGUGGAAGGGGUAAAGCAACUUGAUCUUGGAAGGAAAACAUUUCUAAGAAUAAUAUCCCACGUGUUGAUGUAUAUACAGUUGCUCAAGUCAAGAGUUGAAUGCCCGGAUCAAUGCAGAACAUGUUUAAUAACCAAUUUUACGCAGUUUUGGGACUAUUUUUCUAAUGUAUUUGCUCAAGUGUUAUCUAUGCAGUUGCAGCACUUAUUUAAUGCUCCUUUUUUGGAAACAUGACUUGGGGAGGGGGAGUCAUUUGAGAAAUGAGGCUAUUGUUUGGGAAUAUGUCAAACAAAUCAAAUCACAAUCUUCUGUAUUUUUUUUUUUUUUCAUAGUGUCUAAAGUAUUUGUCUGCUGCACUGUGUGCCAUAAAUAACCCAUAGUAUGAACUCCAUGCUUGCAGAUGUUGGGAAAGUUGCUGCAACUUUUUUUUUUUUUUUUUUAAUGUUUGCAUAUCAAAAUCCCAUUCUUUUGUUUCUUGCAACUCACUAUUUUAGUAUGCUAGUAGCACUUACCUACCUAUAAUUUUAAGCAUGCCUUUCUCCAGGAAAACUCAAGGAGCGUGAUCUUGAUUGGGAUGUGUCUUCCACAUUUAAGCAUGACCGCUGUGUGAACCAUUGAAAGGUUAAGAUGGCACAGUUAGUCACACAAAUGUGAUCUGUUACCUGUCAUUGCUUAGAGUUCUCUGUGAAGGUUUUAUUGCUCCCCACAGCUUUAAGGCUGAAGAAUUUGUGGUAGAUACAUUGGUUGUGCAUAGAGGCUUUUUGGGAUUGGCUGAUGGUAAGAACCUAUUGGCUGUAAACCACAUAUAACUGGCUGGAUAUUAUUAGUGUCAUGGUGGUGUCACCAGAGGACCCAGCUAGUAUUAAUUGUGAGCUGUAAUGCAAUGAAUACUCUCCAGGGGCAAACUUGUUAAUGUCUUGAUGCCUUUCAUUUAAGUUCCUUGUGGAGGUGCCUGUGAAUAUCAAGCCUUGGAUUAGGGGUCUCUCUUUCUUGAAACUCUGCAAAGGGAGCUGCUGUAACUAGGCCUGGGGUUGCUUGUUUAUAUUUAAUUGUAUUGGAUUACCUGUGUCAUAUUACAUCCCAAGCACCAUCGCUCAUCUUUAUAUCUCCUUUUAUAAGGAACAUCCAUGAGAUUUUAAAGAAUGCAUCUUAAGAGCUGUACUACAUCCUUCUUAGCAGUUGUGGGAAAUUACCUGCUACAAUUGUUUAUCCCGUAUGAUGGGCUCCUUCUCUGUAAACCUGAGACACCUUCUGUUGGUGGAUGCAAGGGACACACACACUCUCACACACACACUCACACACUCACUCUACAUAGUAUGCAAAACCAACGUUUCGGUCCCCAUUGGGACCUUUAUCAAGGUGAAUAAUACAUACAAAAAGCUUGUUUAAAUAGCCUCCGCCCCCAAGGUAAGGAGGUACUCGUGACAUCAUGUGCAUAAAUUGUUUAUAUAUAUAAUUUUAGUUACAGUACAUUUUUGAUCUUCAUGCACUGCUCAGUUUGAGGGGAAUUGCCAGGGUGAGGUCCGUUGGCAUCUCGGAGUAUCGGGUGCCACGAAUAGAGGGAGAACUUUAUGGGUGUCCAUGCAGACCAGUGCAGUAAAGCCCACCCUCAUCUAUAAAUACUUCAGAAAGAAAGAGUAUGUGCCCAGUAUGUGAUAUGUGCACUCACACAUUACUGUCUAUUUAAAGAGAUCCUCAUUGACCAACAUCUGAUUUUCUGUUGAAGACAAGGGAGAAAUGAAUACCUACUAAUUUAGGCCCCAGGAAUGUGUGAUCUCUUUCGGAAUACCUGGGACCCCAGGGUUUUUGGUUUUUUUAGAGCAAAUUUACUAAAUUAAACCAUGAAAAUAAUUUGCUUUGCCAGCAACACCUUUAUAUAUGCUGAAUGAGUUGAAAUAUAUGUUGUCUUAUUUCAAAGGAACAGUAAAUUGGAUUUAUGA